GCACGAGUGAGGAUUGAAUCGGAAGUACUACGAUCGCGAUGUCUGCCGCCUCUACUUGUCCGGCCUUUGCCCUCACGAGCUCUUCCAAUUAACGAUACUUAUGGAUAGUUUUUUCUGUAAGUAAUUUGGACUUUAGGAUUUUGGAUUCCAAACUUCUUGUUUUCUUUCUGUUGUUGAGAAAACUGGAUAUGGAUCCAUUUCCAAAGGUCCACUUGUUGCAGCUGAGGAGAGAGUAUCCUUAUAACUCAUGUUGUUAUACAUGAUUUAUGGUGCUAUGCUUUAUGUUAUGUUUGCACCAUGCGACUUCUUACAUUUUUGGGACUUGGUUUUGAUCAUUGGAUUUGUAGAGUACGUUUUGAACCUUGUGCUUUUUGUGUCAAAUGAAUUGUAGACACAUGGUUUUAUUUUUGACACUCAACACCAAUGGGGUUUACAUGGUUAUUUGCCAAUGCCUUUGAUUUAAUUGCCUCUAAUGACGACAAAUGCAAUUACUUUAAUGAAAAGAUUGUGGCAUUGUAAAUGGUACAGAGGGAUGUCGGAUUGAUCACAUCCAUAAUGGACAAAGCAUGUUUUUUAAUUAACCACAUGAGUGCUAAGUGUGGUUUCUAUUUUUCUCCUUGUGUUUUCUUAAUCCUUCUUAGAUAUGAAGAGGCUAAGGCAAAAGGUAUCGAUAACUAUGACAGAGAGUUGGAAGAUGCUAGUGACAGGCUCAUUGUUGAGUGUGAUAGGAAAAUUGGUAGAGCUCUCAAGCGCCUUGAUGAUGAGGAUGCAAAGGCUGCUAUUGCUAUAUCAGUCACUGAAGUUACUCAGACACCAGAAGUACUAGAGUUUUCAAACCAGAUAAAGGGGAAAUUGAAGGAAGCCGACCAAUAUGGUGAGAAGUGGAUGAUAGAUGAGGCACAAGAAGCUUUAGAAGAGGCUGAAGCACUAAAAAGGCUCCUUGCCAGACAGGAGCCUGUUCUGGAUUCCUCAAAAUACACUGCUGCUGAUGUUCGCAUUACCGAUCAAAAGCUAUGGGUUUGUGACAUUUGUGGAGCAGUUUUGAGUGUUUAUGACAGCAGGCUUUUGGGUCCAGUUUUACGAGGAUAACUUUUGCAGGUACAUAAUGUGUGCCUUUUUCUGUUUUAUUUGCUUGUAAAUCUUGCAAUUGUUAGAUAAUAAAUAUUUAGGAAACCGUACAAUGCAAGCUCCUGCAACUUUUUCUAUUUUCUGGAUAAAAGUGUUUUGAUUUUUCUUGUUCGUUUCAGUGAUUGACGUUUAGCACAUCAUUUUGGAGGCAAACUUCAUUUAGGCUAUAUUCAAAUCCAUGAUAAACUAGCAGAGCUUCAGAUCAAAAGAAAGAAGUAGAGAUCAGGAGAGAGAAUCCAGUCAUGACCAAGACCAUGCUAAUAGUUGUGACUGAGGGAGGGAUUAUGAUCAAAGGAGCAGAGAUCGUGACAGUGGAAACGAUUGAGAAUAUGGUAGGGAUUAUGAGCACCUUUGGACUUACAAUUCUAGAAGUUGCCACAGGUCAUGUUCAAGGUCUAAGGAAUGUUCCAGGGAUUAUGAUCAUCACAGGUAAUUUCAUUAUUUUCAAAAGGAUCUCACUACCCUAGGUAAGUUUUAUCAAAGUGGAAUUGUGGAAUAGAGCGUAUAGGUUAGAAAAGCUUUGAAUUGCUUGGUGCAAUGAUUUUCAAACAGGAUUUUGUUAAAGGUAGGCUGUAAGAAGCCAUGCUUCUCUCGACAAGUUGAACUCAAAAUAAUAGUUACCCCAGUUUGUAUUUGGUUUCUUUUAGUUAAGUUUGUUGACUUAAACAUCUUAGUGCUUGGCCUGAGAAUUAGCCAUUCCAUGCUUGUUUAACAAUGCAUCAUUAAUUUUGUUUACUGAUGAUUUUUUUAGCUUGUUGAAUUUGUGUUAAGUUAAUAUGCUAUUAGUUUUCUAGUG